AUGAUCCACACAGGGGAAUGGGCCUAUGAGUGUGGGGAGUGUGGGAAGGGCUUCAGCUGCAGCUCAAAACUUGUCAGGCAUCAACGCAUCCACACUGGGGAGAGGCCCUAUGAGUGUCCUGAGUGCCAGAAGAGGUUCCAAACCAGCUCCAAUCUCCUCCUGCAUGAGAGAAUUCACACAAAGGGGAGGCCCUUCCGCUGCCCCGACUGCGGGAAGGGCUUCAAGUACAACUCCCACCUCAUCACCCACCGGCGAAUCCACACUGGGGAGAGGCCCUACGAGUGUUCCCAGUGUGGAGAGAGCUUUAGCCAGAGCUCGGAGCUGGUGGUCCAUGAGCAGCUUCAUGAUGGGGAGAAGCCCUACAAGUGCUUGGAGUGUGGGAAGAGCUUCAGGUGGAGCAGCAGCCUGAUCCACCACCAGAUGAUCCACACUAGGGAAUGGCCCUACGAGUGUGGGGAAUGUGGGAAGGGCUUCAGCUACAGAUCCACCCUUGUGACCCACCAAUGCAUCCACACCGGGGAGAGGCCCUAUGAGUGUCCUGAGUGUCAGAAGAGGUUUAGGAUCAGCUCAGAUCUCCUCAGACACCAGCGGAUUCACACCGAUGAGAGGCCCUUCUGCUGCCUAGAUUGUGGGAAGGGCUCCAAGCACAAUUCCCACCUCAUCACCCACCGGCGCAUCCACACUGGGGAGAGGCCCUACGAGUGCUGCACGUAUCAGAAGAGGUUUCAGACCAGCUCAAAUCUCUGCCUGCAUGAGCGGAUUCACAAUGAGGAGAGGCCCUUCCGCUGCCCCGACUGUGGGAAGGGCUUCAAUCACAACUUCACCCUUGUCAGGCACCAGCGCAUCCACGCUGGGGAGAGGCCUCACGAGUGCAAGGAGUGUGGGAAGAGCUUCAGGUGGAGCUCCCACCUGAUCGUGCACCGGAGGAGCCACACUGGGGAACGGCCCUACGAAUGUGAUCAGUGCAGGAAGAGGUUUCAGACCAGCUCUGAUCUCCUUGUGCACCAGCGCAUGCACACAGAGGAGAGGCCCUUCCGCUGCCCCGACUGCGGGCAGGGCUUCAGGCGGAACGCCCAUCUUGUCAGGCACCGGCUCAUCCACACUGGGGAGAGGCCCCAUGAGUGUGAGGAAUGUGGGAAGAGCUUCAGGCAGAGCUCCACCCUGAUCCUGCACCAGAGGACCCACACUGGAGAACGGCCCUACGAGUGUGGGGAGUAUGGGAAAAGCUUCAGCCAGCGUUCCAGCCUGAUUGUCCACCAAAAGAUCCACACUGGGGAGAGGCCCUACGAGUGUUCCAAGUGUGGGAAGGGGUUUCCGAUCCGCUCCCAUCUAUUCCAGCACUAUCAGAGUCACACAGAGGAGAGGCCCUUCUGCUGCCCCGACUGCAGGAAGGGAUUCAGGCAGAACUGCCACCUCAUCACCCACCGGCGCAUCCACACUGGGGAGAGGCCCUACGAGUGUCCCCAGUGUGGGAAGAGCUUCUCCUCCAAGACGGAUGGCUCUGUCACCACACAACAACUCAAAUCCAACUGA